AUGGGCGCAGUUUGCAAACAGCCCCCCGGCCUGGGCGCCGAGGGCCAGCAACGGGCGGGGGCGCGCGGCUGCGGCUUCGGCCCGGGCCCGCCGCUCUCCUCCCCCCCGGCGCCCGGAGCCGCCCUGACUUUCCGGGCGGGGGGGCGAGGCGGAGGGGGAGGGGAAGGCGGCGGCGGGGAGAGGCUGCUUUUUCUUCUCUUUCGGGCCCUUUCUCGGCCUUCCUCCGCUCCGGCGUGGCCCAGGCAGGGCCAGGGACCGCAGCCCGGCCGGGAGGGAGGGCGGGCGGGGGCAGAGGGUGAAGCCGUACCCCCGCCCCGCACAAACAAGCACCGCCGUCUGCAGCCCGAACCCGCACCCCGGCCGCCACCCCCGGCCGCCUCUUUCUGGCCGGGGAGCGCGCUUCAGCCGUUCCCCGCGCCGCCGCGGCGAGACGAGUCGGCUUCGCUACGGUGCUCGGUUCUCCCGCCGGCUCGGCGAGCGGUGGCGGCGGUGGCGGCGGCGGCGGCGGCACUGGGAAAAUGGCGGCCGAGCUCCUUUUCCCUCCCCCCCUUUAAUCUGAAGCGGAGGGAGAAUGGAGCGAGCGAGCAAGCGGGCGAGCGCCGGGGACACGGGGAGGAGGGACAGCAGCGCCUCCGCCGGCUGCGGCUGCGGCGGCGAAGGGCCGCUCCACCCCGGCGCGCCGCCAGGGGGCGCCCGCCACGCCGCCCCCGCGGGCCGCCAGGAGGCGCGGCCGCCGCCGCCUCAGUCAUGGCUCCUAGCCGCGGCCGCUGUUUUUGUGCCUCCAUCUGCGGAGGCCGCGGCAACCGGCCCCAGCUGCCCCGGACGUGCGGCGACGGCACGCAGCACUGCGGCAGACGGGAGCCGGCCCUCGCUGCAGCCAAGGUGAGGCUAACCUGAGGCACACUGACGCCGUCACAUUCCCUCCGUGCUGGGGCCGGCGGUGCGGCGCGCCGGCUGUGAGGGGCAGGGCGGGUCGGCGUCGCGGUGCGAGAGGACUUGAGCGAGGAACUGUUUGCACUAUGUAGUAAAGAGGCUAAGGCCGUCGGCGCCACUCUACUCCAGGGCUAACCGUGAACUGAACCGGGCAGAAAACGCCCUGACCAGUGCAGCGGCUUCCGCCACCCGCCCUUUGUCCUAGCAGCCAGCCUCCGUACACUGCAGCACGGCUGGGCACUAGCCACAGCACCACGCUCCGCAGCUACCAGAGUGGGUGGCGGGGGCCGGGGCGGGGGGGCGCACGUAGUUUUCGCGCAGGCGCGAGCCAGGGCCCGCGCCGGGCCAGCCCGGGAAGGUGCAGCCGGGAGCCAGAGUGGAGGUGAUGGCCCCGCCAGCGCCGGGCCCGCUGGGAACUGUAGUUUUCGUCAACACGCGUCUUGUUUGGGGUGUCACGGCUUGGCAGAUCCGCCAAAACAGGCAAAUGGCAUUACACAAUGAGUAUUUAUGCUUCCUGCCGCCACCAAAAGGAAGUUCACUGCCAUGCUAAAGUUUAACAAAGAACUCCAUAGAAAAACACAAAUCUCACAACAAAAAGCCAACUUCCCACCUUGUUACCAGAGUUGGUUUAAAGUGGUGGCACCUUAUCAUUUCUCAUGACCAGUUUGUCACUACAGAAUUUUAUAUCGUUCCCAAAAUACGGCCUUAAAAUAAUGGAAUCUUUCCUGGACUUAAAGAAUUCAGAAACAUUAUGUAAUACAAGGUGUCACACUUACACAAAAUGUAAUUCUACCAUCCUUUAAAGAAAAAGCUGCCAAAAGAUGAGUACAGUACCUUGAGAUUUAAAAGAGUAAUCUAGGAGUCAUCAAAAUUAGCUUAAAUGACUGAAUAAAAAAAAUGGUGCAAAUCAUUAGGUCAUCAAAUUCGGCAGAUAAGAAGGGUAUGUAUGCUCUACUACCAAAAAGGAAGACGCAAAAUGCUUCACACUUUUUUGUGGCUUACCAGAACCAAUAUCCGGCAUUAUACGUCAUUUCUGCUGAUCAAAAAACACCCAUUCGUUACAGAACGGUUUUAGUUUUCCCACAAAGUUACACUAACUUACCUACCCCUGCAAAAUCUGCACCUAGGUUUCUGCGAGUUUCCAUUUAUACUUUUUUUUUUUCAAGUUUCAGUUAUUUAUUAAUCAGUGUAAUCACCAAUAGAUUACAUUAACAUGAUUUCAUGCAUUUAGAGAAGAAAUAUUUCCUGGUUCAGUGGAAAAUUGUGCGGAUGGCUUCUGGAAGACCUUCAUUUUAAAGCAGCUUUACAUUCCAUUUAGAAAUCUGGACGUUCUUUCUUCAGUUUGCUGUAAUCCACAUUCACUGAGUAGAACUUGUAUUGAUCAUUGGGACCCAGUUUGUUCCAGGGCUCUGGGUUAUUCUUUUUGUCCCAACAAACAUCUGGAUUGAACAAUGCCAAACGCAAGAGAUACAGGGCUGCUCCACCACCUCCAGCUCCAAUAAAUACAAAGAGGGGGAUCAAGCUCGGAUGCUUCUUGGCCUGACCUAAGAUGAGGCGGAGCAUGUUUGCGGCAGAGACCUCAGAUUGGAAAGAAGAAAAUGAGCCCAGCCACCAGGCCCCGGACUAAGUAGUAUCUUCCAUUUAUACUCUUAAAAUCACACUUUUAAGCCAUGGUUCUCAAGCAUCAAAAGCAGGCAGUUUAGAGUCAUAGGGUCAAAUUACACAAAUAAUAAACUAAUAUAUGUAUACAUAUUUGUAUACACAUCCAAAAGAGGUCCUUAGUCUUGGAUUUUUAAUUUACGACCUUGGAGGAAAACUUUAAUUGACUUUUUAAAUGUACAUACAUACACUAUUUUUUACAUAAAUAGUAAUUCAACAAAAUACAGCAGAAGGGUAUUGGACCAAUAGAUGGCGAACUAGAGCCCCAAUCUGAGGCUUCUGAAAUCUCAAUUAGCAGAAUGAAAAACACCAAAUAAGGCAAAGCCCUUUGCAGUGUGUACUUAAGUAUUAAAUUCAGAGACACCAUAACAAAAUAAUCUUACUACUGCUCCAAAUUUUUAAAACUCAACUGUCAUGAACUGUCAUUAAUUAGGCAACCAAAUAAAGUUAUAUGAAGUACAUUUUUCCAAUAGAUUAGGAGAAAGAUGGAAAAUGUUCAUUUUUAAAACCAUGUAUUUGGGGAAAAUAAAAAUUCCACAUUCCCCUUUCUCUCAUUGCUUAGUGCAAGAGUCAGGAGUUCACAGGGUUCAUGGCACUUAGUCAACCUGUUUUAUAUUUUAUCUAAAAUCACACAUCUUUCUUCCUAGGCACCAAUUUUUACUUUUCUUUUUUUUGACAGGCUCUUGCUCUGUCACCCAGGCUGGAGUGCAGUGGUGCAAUCACAACUCACUGCAGCCUCCCAGGCUCAAGCAAUCCUCCUACCUCAGCCUCUUGAGUAGCUGCUGGCACUACAGGCAUAUGCCACCAUGCCCAGCCUUUUUUUUUUUUUUUUUUUUGGUAGAUAGUCUCCCUAUGUUGCCCAGGCUGGUCUUGAACUCCUGGACUGGAGUACUGGCAUUACAGGCAUGAGCCACUGCACAAAAAUCUUACAAAGACAAAUGAAUUUUCUUAAAUUUCCCCCCCAAAAAAGUGGAUGUCAAAAAGGCUGAUUGAAAAUGCCUCGACACAAAAUAAAACAAAAAAAGAUUUAAGGAAAAAGGCCUGGUGUAGCAGCUCACUCCUGUAAUUCCAGGACUUUGGGAGGCUAAGGUGGGAGGAUCACUUGAGCUCAGAAGUUGGAGACUAGCCUGGGCAACAUAGCGAGACCCUAUCUCUACAAAAAAUUAUAAAAUUAGCCAGGUGUGGUAGCAUGUGCCUGCAGUCCCAGCUACUCUAGAGGCUAAGGCAGGUUUGCUUCAGCCUGGGAGGUCAAGGCUGCAAUAAGCCAUGAUCAUGCCACUGUAGUUCAGCCUGGAUGAGAGAGUGAGACCUCAUCUCAAAAUGAAAAGUGAUAAAAAAAUGAAAAGACCAUCACAUGUCAAAUCACUCUUGGAAUAGUCAUGGUUGACUCUCCAAUAGCCACUCUAUUAUUCUGCUUAGUUUUAACCCAUUCUCUUUGCCAGUGACUGGUUAGGAAUGGCCAUGAGAUGUGAGCAGAAGCCCCCAGACAGCCUCCAAAAGAGAACUUUUAGAAAAGAUUCUUCCAUCCUAAAGAUGAUGGAGGAAAAAAACAGUCCCUCUUCCUCAGACAGUGACACCUCAAACUGCUACAGUCACCUUUGCAGCAAGACUGAAGAUGCCACCAACUUCAAAGGGAAUAGAGAGUUGUCAAGAAACUUGGUCCUUGGUGACAGCAUUAAGCCACUGUAUCAACAGUCUGACAAUUUGCAUGACUUCUGGAUUUCCAGCCACAUUAGAACAAUGUAACAAUAAACAUGUAUUAAUUGUUUAAGCCAAUUUGAGUUAGGCUCCUUAUACAUGAAGUCAAAAAACAA